AAAAUGGUCUGUGAGUGACUGAGUCGGAACACGCGCCACUUUGGAGACACACACCAAUCUCCAACUGACAUAUUAACCCACUCGGCCAAAAUAUAUAUAUAAAACCUAAAAAUAGAGCUGAGGCGAGUCUUAAUUAGACUCUCUCUUUCUCGCCGGCGCAAACUUUCCGGCCCUAUUUCCGAUCAGGAUCACCAAUUUGUCAUCAUCUCUUAUAGGAGCACAACCCGCUGUCCUAUGCAUGCAACAGGGAGAAUCGUUUGGGUCAAAAAUUAACUCAAGAUGGACAGUGAAGCCGGUCAUCAACCAAAGCAGGAACGUUCAAGGACAAGGUGGACAGCACCCCUUGAUAAAAUAUUUGCGGACUUGGUUGUUAAGCAAAUUCAAUUAGGGAACAGACCAAACAAUGUGUUUGACAAGAAAACAUGGAAUCUCAUUCGUGAGGAAUUUAAUAAGCAAACAGAUCUCAACUUCAAUAACAAUCAAUUGAGGAAGCACCUGGAUGUUCUGCGAACUCGCUUCUAUAAUCUGAAGUCAGCUUUUGAUCAAAAUAACGAAUUUGCUUUGGAUGAUUCUUGCUGCAUUGGGUUUGACCUAUGGGAAGAUAUUGGGGCACAGCCUAGGCCUGAAAUGAUCAAAGUCAAGGACUGCCCUAUAUAUGAGCAGCUAUGUGCAAUCUUCACAGAUUCAGUGGCUGAAGGGAAAUAUGCACAAUCCAGUCACUAUGAAGAGUUGGACAGGUCUGUUGGAAUAGAUACUGCAGGACUAAUUUCAUGUCAUGAUGGUGGAACCCCACGUUCUGCAAAUGCAUCAUCAUUGAGGUCUAUGCAAGGAAACAUGACAUCAGCAGAAAAAGUAACGAAGAAUAUUGCAGAGAGAAAAAGGAAAGGUCCAUCUGACACACAUUCUUCUUUGGGUGGAAGCAGAAGGGAUCAAGAAAUAUAUGAUACUAUGGCAGAAACCAUGUUUGAAAUGGUUGCUACUUUGAAAUCCAGGGCAGUUGCAAUAACGCCAAGUGAUGACAAAUUUACUAUCACUAAUUGCAUUAGAGCACUGGAUGAAAUACAGGAUAUUGAUGACAGGCUCUACUUUGCUGCUCUGGAUCUCUUUGAGGACGCUAGUUUAAGGGAGAUAUUCAUAUCUCUAAAAGGCAACAAGAUCCGGCUGACAUGGUUGCAGGGGAAGUGUGGUAAACCAACCAACAGUUGAGAGUUAAGGGACCUCAUGACUUUUUAGCUAAUUUGGGAAUGUAAAUGUCAUCUUUACUACUAUAGUUUUGCUCGAGUGAACUAGAUUGUUCAUAAUAUAUGUCUUCCUUUUUUAGGUGGAAA